GCGUUGAAAGAUAAACCCCCUGACGGCUGUCAGGCGAGACUGGAUCAAAUCACAGGAGACGAAGUGAGAGAAUAAAGCGACGGCACAACAAGAGCGAGCUGUUGUUACCUUCGCCGCCGCCCGAGAGCGAGAGAUAAGAGCAGCGAAUCUACAACCACGCUAAAGAAACAAAGACCCGCCGGCUAUGAGUUUCUUUGCUUCAUCCGGCUAUGACUGCCCCGCAACCUUAUAGAGGUGCGCUACUCUACUAAGUGAGAGCGCCCGCUCGGCCCCCCGGAGCCCUGCCGUGCUGUACCUCGCCGCUGGUUGCCUCAAUGGAUCUUCCUUCAGAGUUAAGCCGGAGCCGCGACUAAAGUGAGCACACGAGACUGGACGGACGGACGGACGGACGGACGAACGAACCAACAGGAUGGACUGCAGCUACAUCAGGAGUCUCAUCAACAGAUACUGUGCGGGAGAAGAAAACUGGGUGGACAGCCGAACAAUAUAUGUUGGACAUCGUGAGCCCCCACCUGGUGCUGAGGCCUACAUCCCACAGCGCUAUCCCGACAACAGGAUUGUCUCUUCCAAGUAUACGUUCUGGAAUUUUGUACCAAAAAAUUUGUUUGAACAGUUCAGAAGAAUUGCAAAUUUUUACUUCCUCAUCAUUUUUCUUGUGCAGUUGAUAAUUGACACUCCAACCAGCCCAGUCACAAGCGGACUUCCACUUUUCUUUGUGAUCACUGUGACAGCCAUUAAGCAGGGAUAUGAAGACUGGCUCCGGCAUAAAGCGGACAAUGCAGUGAACCGGUGUCCUGUUCACAUCAUCCAACAUGGAAAAGUAGUCCGAAAGCAGAGCAGAAAGCUGAGGGUUGGUGAUAUUGUCCUGGUGAAGGAGGAUGAAACAUUCCCAUGUGAUUUAAUCUUUCUGUCAUCAAGCCGUGAGGAUGGAACCUGUUUUGUUACAACUGCAAGUCUGGAUGGAGAAUCUAGUCAUAAGACAUAUUUUGCUGUUCAAGACACCAAAUCGUUCCACACUGAAGAAGAGGUGGACAGAAUUAAUGCAACUAUUGAAUGUGAACAGCCACAGCCUGACCUUUACAAAUUUGUUGGCCGCAUCAACAUAUACCAGAACCGGGAUGAGCCCGCUGCCAGGCCUCUGGGAUCAGAAAACUUGCUGCUUAGAGGAGCCACUCUGAAGAAUACGGAAUACAUUUUUGGUGUUGCCAUCUACACUGGCAUGGAAACCAAAAUGGCUCUGAACUACCAGUCUAAGUCUCAAAAGCGAUCUGCAGUUGAGAAGUCCAUGAAUGCCUUCCUGGUUGUGUAUCUGUGCAUUUUAAUCAGCAAGGCUCUGGUCAACACAGUCCUAAAGUAUGUGUGGCAGAGUAACCCUAAUCGGGACGAGCCCUGGUACAACCAAAAGACGGAAUCUGAACGGCAGAGGAACACGUUCCUCAAAGCUUUCACUGACUUCCUGGCCUUUAUGGUGUUGUUCAAUUACAUCAUUCCAGUGUCCAUGUACGUCACAGUGGAGAUGCAGAAAUUCCUGGGCUCUUACUUCAUAACCUGGGAUGAAGAAAUGUUUGAUGAUGAGCUGGGGGAAGGGGCCCUAGUAAACACAUCAGAUCUGAACGAAGAGCUUGGACAAGUGGAAUAUGUAUUUACAGACAAAACUGGGACACUGACUGAAAACAAUAUGCAGUUCAUUGAGUGCUGCAUUGAUGGGCACGUCUAUGUACCACAUGCCAUCUGUAAUGGGCAAAUCAUGCCUGGAACCACAGGCAUUGAUAUGAUUGAUUCAUCUCCCGUAGAAGAAGGAAUGGAAAGUGAAGAACUUUUCUUUCGUGCCCUGUGUCUAUGCCACACAGUGCAGGUUAAAGAAGAGGAAACGGUAGAUGGGAUAAAGAAAGGGCUUCAGCAGUGCAGCAAAUCUUCCUCCUCCUCAGUCUAUAUCUCUUCUUCCCCCGAUGAGGUGGCUUUGGUGGAAGGCAUGAAGCGACUUGGUUUCACGUACUUGCGACUUAAAGAUAGCUACAUGGAAAUCCAAAAUAGAGAAGAUUCCAUUGAAAGGUUUGAGCUAAUGGAAGUGCUUAGCUUUGACUCUGUUAGAAGACGCAUGAGUGUCAUUGUUAGGUCACACACAGGGGAUUAUUAUCUCUUUUGUAAAGGGGCAGAUUCCUCAAUAUUUCCUAGAGUGAUUAAAGGCAAAGUGGAACAAGUCCAAGCGCGAGUUGAGCACAAUGCUGUGGAGGGCCUGAGAACACUAUGUGUUGCAUAUAAAAUGCUCAAGCAAGAUGAAUACGAGAGUGUCUGCCGACAGCUGAACAGUGCAAAGCUGGCUUUACAUGACCGGGAAAAGAAAUUGGCAGAGGCCUAUGAUGAAAUUGAGCAGGAUCUGAUCUUACUAGGGGCAACUGCAGUAGAAGAUCGCCUGCAAGAAAAAGCUGCUGACACAAUUGAGUCCCUACACAAAGCAGGCAUGAAGGUGUGGGUGCUGACGGGUGACAAGAUGGAGACUGCUGCUGCUACCUGCUAUGCAAGCAGACUUUUCCACAGAAACACUCAAAUUCUAGAGCUGACCACCAAGAGAACAGAGGAACAGAGCCUUCAUGAUGUGUUGUUCGAGUUAAGCAGGACUGUGCAUCAACACUCGGGCAGCCUGAGCCGUGACAGCAUCUCUGGGCUUUCACAGGAUAUGCCGGACUAUGGUUUAAUAAUUGAUGGAGCAACUCUGUCUUCAGUCAUGAAGCCUACAGAAGAUGGGAGCUCUGGAAACUACAAAGAGAUCUUUCUGGAGAUUUGCAGGAACUGCAGUGCUGUUCUGUGCUGCCGAAUGGCUCCACUACAGAAAGCUCAGAUUGUGAAACUCAUUAAAGCUUCAAAGGAGCAUCCCAUCACACUUGCCAUUGGUGAUGGGGCAAAUGAUGUCAGCAUGAUUUUGGAAGCUCAUGUUGGGAUUGGUAUUAUGGGGAAAGAAGGCCGGCAAGCUGCAAGGAACAGUGACUAUGCAAUUCCAAAAUUUAAACACUUGAAAAAGAUGCUACUGGUUCAUGGCCAUUAUUACUACAUUAGAAUAGCAGAACUAGUGCAAUACUUCUUCUAUAAGAAUGUCUGUUUCAUCUUCCCUCAGUUUCUUUACCAAUUCUUCUGUGGCUUUUCCCAGCAGCCUUUAUAUGACACUGCCUACCUAACACUGUACAACAUUAGCUUCACAUCUCUGCCCAUCUUGCUGUACAGCCUCAUUGAGCAACAUAUCGGCAUGGACAAUCUGAAGAGAGACCCAUAUCUUUACAUGGAUAUUAGCAAGAACUGUCUGCUCCGCUGGAGGACUUUCAUUUACUGGACAUUCCUUGGUGUUUUUGAUGCCCUUGUAUUUUUCUUCGGUGCUUAUUUUCUCUUUGAUAACACAACCUUGACCAGCAACGGACAGCUAAUGACAGCCAACACGCACCUGAUGUUUGGCAACUGGACAUUUGGGACUCUGGUCUUCACUGUGCUGGUGUUCACUGUCACGUUAAAGCUUGCACUAGAUACUCACUACUGGACCUGGAUAAACCACUUUGUCAUCUGGGGCUCACUACUUUUCUAUGUUGUAUUCUCUCUUCUCUGGGGAGGUAUCAUUUGGCCCUUCUUGAAUUACCAGAGAAUGUACUACGUUUUCAUGCAGAUGCUGUCCAGCGGCCCUGCCUGGCUGGGAAUUAUUUUGCUUAUCACUGUCAGUCUUCUCCCAGAUGUAGUUAAAAAAGUAAUUUGCCGGCAGCUGUGGCCUACAACAGCAGAGAAAAUUCAGAAUGCUGAAAAACAAUUGAAACCUGAUGGCUUCUCAGAGUUUACCCCACUGUCUUCACUUCACAGUUCAAACUAUAGAAACAGUGACAGAAGAAACCAACCACAAAGAAGGUCUGAUCAGCUUUCCAAAAAACUAAUGUAUACUCACUGGGGUAACCAUGAUUAUUGCACUUUUAGUUCCUUAAGUGUCUCAGACAGCAAGUCCAACAGCAGCUCAGGUCUGGAGACCUCUGUGUGACACAGCGCAUUAUGGCCCAAGCCUUUUACGUUCAUCUGUGGAGUCAAGACAUAGGAUUAGUUACCGAGUCGGGUGCUGUGCACCCCUGCUGUUAAAAGCCACUAUUACUUGAAUGAAAUUUCUUACUGGAGCUUUAUGAUCAAUCGAAUAAAACCAAAUGUGAGCCGCUUGGCGGCAGUGUCACCAUAGUA